AUGGGUAAAGAAGAGCAGAUUGAGGAGCGUGAAGUCCUGGACAGUAUAUUCCCAGAAGAAAUACAAGACAUAUCAGACACAGAAUACCGGAUCUCAGUGCCCCUCGACAUCACAAACGACGAUGGCGACAAUUCUAAACCCCCGACAGUGAUACUGCAGGUCAAAUACCCGGACGGAUACCCCGAAGAACCGCCUAUACUCGACUUGCUGCCCGAGUCAAAUGCGCCUGUGCAUCCGUACUUCAGCGUCGGGUCAGACAAGGACAUCUUGCUGGAGGGCCUGAAAGAGACAAUCGAAGAGAACAUGGGCAUGGCCAUGAUUUUCACCAUUUACUCAACCUUGAAGGACAAUGCCGAGCAGCUAAUUGCGCAACGGCAGCAAGUAGAGCGGGACGUGCAGGAACAGAAAAUACUGGCGCUGGAGAGGGAGGAGAAUAAGAAGUUCCAUGGAACGCCGGUCAAUCCUGAGACCUUUAUGAUCUGGCGGAAGACGUUCAGGCAGGAGAUGGAAGAGCUGAGGGUCAAGGAGGAAGAGGCUGAGGAGGCGGCGGAGAAGAAGAAAAACAGGGGCAAGGAGACUGUGAUGCAAUUAACCGGGAGGCAGCUAUGGGAGAGAGGUCUGGCGGGCAAGGUCGAGGAGUACGAAGAGGAUGCUGAUGAUGAGAAAGUGCCGUUAGACGGGAUGAGAAAGUUGAAGGUUGGGACAUAA